AUGGCGACCCCCGCAGAGCAGCAGCAGCUGGCCCAGCAGCAGAAAGAAAACGCCAUUGCCACGCAGAACCUCCUCGCAAGGGCGCACUCGCCCGACAGCGCAGACCGCAUCUACGCCGACAAGAUCCAACACCGCACGCUUCACCUCCGGCCCUCGUCGCCUCCCCCCGCCGUUGCCAACGCAAGGGCCGCCCGGCGCAGGGCCCGCGAGGCGGCAAAGGCCAAGUCCAAGAUCAGGCCCAAGCCGCUAUCGUCCCGCGAGCGACGACAGCUCGGCCUCCACGACAUCCCCCGAGACGGUCACAAGUACGAAAUUUAUGAGCCCCUCAAUGCGCUUUGGCUCGGAUACGCGCGCGAAGUUCUUGGCAACGACAUCUUUACCGGUGGUCCCACGGCCGCCGCCAAGUUGGCCAGCGCCGAGCUGCACGGCGCACUGGCCGAGGUGGUCAGAAGCCGAUGCCCCGGCCGCGUUGGUAUCCAAGGCAUCGUUGUCCGCGACCGCAAGUUUGUUCUCGAAAUCAUCACCAGAAGUCGGGGACUCAAAGUCGUGCCAAAGGAGGGCACAACAUUCCGCAUACAAGUUCCCGCCACCGAAGCCCCAGGUCCAGAGCAACAGGUGGAACACAAACCCUUCGCUUUCGACGUCCUCGGCGACCAGCUGAUGUUGCGCUCCGCGGAUCGGGCGAACCGAAAAUUCAAGCACCAUUUCCUCAACAACCUCUGA